UACAUCUCAUUAGUUGGUGUCUGCGUUGCCCUGCUGUGUACGGCAAACAGUUGCGUGAAAUGUUGUCGGUCUGGCCGGGGCAACAUAUCGCCACGGGGUUUAUCCAAUAAUAUAACCAGCCUGUUUUUUAGCCGCUUCUUGCCUCGCACGACGGCGGUUUUUGUGGGCUGAUUAUGCAUACACUCUCGAGGUGAUGACACCUUUAAUGCACGAAUAUUUUUCACAUACGGAGCAAGCAAGAGAUGAUGUCCGAAAAAAAACAAGAUACACCACUGCGAACCAAUUGGACAUAAAACAAACAUUUAAUUCCUGUCACAAUGUAUGUGCAUUUACUGGCGCGGUCUCUGCUUGCACAUUUUUAGUCCCGUCGAAUUGAGAUAAUUAAAUGCAUAUUUUUGACCGAGGCGAGUCUCUCCACAUUGGCCGUGACUUUGGCUUGAAGCACGGCGUAUGACUGCUUUGUCUCGCACGCUGUUGUCUUGCUGCUGAACAAGAGGGGAUAGUGGCUGUGUGCCUGUCACCGGGGGUUGAAGACACACGAGCUCGUGUGUGGAAACAAGGAAGAUGACGAACCCUAUUUUGGGAGGAGGCGGGACUGCACAUCGGAGGAUGUCAGAAGAUUCAGACAGACAACUUGAAGGGUCUAAGUGCUGCUGGGGUCUGUGCUGUGGGCCUGGUCUGGCUCUUGGCGUUGUGGCUUGCAUCUAUUUCAUCCUUAUUCUACCUGCAGGACUGUUUCUGGCCAUGGUAGGAGGCCCUAAGAGCACAGUACUCCUGUUGGCGGGACUUGGCUUUGUCUUCAUUCCUUUUACUAUUUUCUCAAUCGGAUGCUUCUGUUAUCGUCGAAGGAAGAAAAGACGCCAUGAUGGUUACCAGACCCCAUCGGCCAACUUUGUUCAACCUCCUUCGCAUGUGUAGAAGGAUGACGUCUGCAUCGCAAACUUGUAAAAUCUUCGAUUUAUCUUCUUGUUUGAUUGUGAACAGUCAACUCAGUACAAUGCUAAACAACUCAUAAAGUGCGGGAGCAACCACAAGGAUUACUCUCAAAAUAAUGCAGGAAUGCACUCUGGCUCCCUUAGUACACCUAAAGGUGCAGAUGGCUGUGAGAUGGGUGUUGGGAAUCUCCAAACCCACAGGUUUUCAGAAAGACAAUGAAAUCUUGCUACAAAAAAAAACAGGUGGCUCCACUAUACCAGAGGGUUAGAUCUGGGUAUAGGUCUUUAUAUCUGAACAAGUAUACAUGAAUGCAAAUACUUUUACCCCUCGAAAACUACAUAACUCUGGGACCUGAUCCCCCUCAAAUUUAGUGAAACUACCCAGUGUAGGAUAUCAAUGACUGCGACUCCCCUAGGAUAUUGCACUUUGGAGAACACCGUGAAAUAAAUAUUAAUGUGCCAUAACUUAGUGUUAACCAUCGCUCACUUUAUGUGUUUUUAAAAAGACGCCGGUUGUGUGCGCUUCAACUGCGAGAGAUGAACUUUCGACACUGAACAACCAUUGCAUUCGUGGGUGUAAAACGAUGGCCACUAAAUGCCUUUCUUAUUGUGUGUGUGUGUGUGGUAUUAAAUGGUAUCAUCAGUGCAUGUUUCUGCUUAAUCUAGUGUAGGCUACGAGGGGAACUGUAUAGACGUACAUUGUAAGUGUUGGUUCGAAGAGCGUGUGUUACAUUGUACGUCAUAAGUUACGUCAAGCAUGGUUUGCAAGCGUCAGUUUGUAUCGUUACAACGAGCAUCGGUUUCCUUUGAGCAACUGCUAUAUUAUUACGUGAGCAAAAAAUUGUAAGUUGUUUUCACCGAGCUGUGAGAAGGUGAGGUUUGUAAAAAUGGUAACAUUCGUUGAAAUAAUGUAUUGUAUACUUUUGAUUGAGGUACUUUCUCAAAGGGGUGUUUUCUUCUUCAGAUUGUGAGUCAUCAGUAUACCAUGUAGGAAUAAGAUCCUCCAUGAUCAUACAAAGUGAGAUGAAUUCUGAAACAGAUUUGGAGACACCUCAAUGACAUUUCUUUUAAUACUUUUCAAUGGGGGACUUUAAGGACGCUAGGUAUCAACAUACUUGGUAGGUAGAACCAUUGGUCUUAGUAAUGUGCGCAUACUCAGAACUACGUAAACAGAAAUGACCUGGUGAGUCUACUGCCACCUAGCGUUUCAAAGUCUCCCAUUCUCUGACUGGAAGAUGGAAGGUUUGUGUAUUUUGCAAAGUGUAUAAUGUAAAGGUUAUUUUGGUCUGCUAGUCAACCGUUUUGGGUAUGAUAGGCUUAUUAUAGACAUGGCUUAAACAGACCAACUUGCUCAGGCAAUAAAUUCCUGAAGCUUUGUAGCUUAGUGCCAUUGCCGUUUUACUUAUUUUUCAAACAGUUUUCGAGAGCAGUUAUUUUCUUUUCGAGAUCAAUGACUACUUUUUAAAAUAAAAUUAACUGCUUUCCAAAAAACUGCUAUUGGAGACAGAAAAAAACUGCUCUUCAGUGAAAAUACAAAUAACUUCUCUUGAAAAUAAAAACAAGUGCUAUCGAAAAUAAAAAACUUGUUUUUUGAAACUAGCCGCUUUUGAAAGUACACUUAGCGAUUGCACUAUUGAGCUUUCGUAGUAAAAUGUCUUGGCUAUAAUUUCUUUAAUUGUAUAGUAAAAUCCAUGUUACUUUAAAUUUGAACUUUUCUGCAGGAGGAUAGAUACAGGCUAUAGCACAAAAAUUGUCUGAAAUUUAUCUUGCAUAUAUUAGCAUGACCUCUUUGCCAAGCCUGAUAAAUAAUUAAUGUGUUAUUUUAUAUCCGUGGAUGGUAAUUUGUAUAUUUUAAGCAAAGUUAUUUAUAGUGAUAUUUACAUUUUGUAAACUUAUUCCAUGUCGACAUACAAAAUUUGUUCUGCCAUGUAGUUUUGAAAACAAUCUUCUUAUGAAAGAAAAUUGAUGUGGACAAACCAAAUACAUUCAACAACAUUGAUCCAGAUAGGCUCAUUUAAAUAAUACCAAUGUGUAACUUGACGGGGGGGGGGGGGGUGUGGAGUAUACACAACUUUGGCACUUGGGCUGUGACUGAUGUUUCACAGAAAAUAUUAAAAUCUUGAAUUUCAUUUAAAAAUUGGGGCCAAUUGAAUUUAAGAUUUUUUUUCCAAGUCUGAUGGUCACAACUCCCCUCGACUUAUAUCUUUUUGUUAGAGUGUACUCUGUUUUGAAAUAUUUACUGAAAUAAAAAUGUAACACGUUUAUACAAUGAAUUAACCUACAAAUAGUGGCAUAAUAGUUCGUACAUUCCACCCUUUAUCCACAAUAUUUAGUAUUAUCAUUAUAUCGAUCCAAUUAAUGUUAGAACAACGUGUGAAAAAUGUAUAACGCAUUUCAUUAAGUUUUUUAGAUAACUUUGUAACAUAGAACAAGCACUCACUGUAUUUAUUGUGAUACUGUCAAAAUCAACGAGCUUUAUUAUUAAACAGCGCAGUGUGUAACUAU